AUGGAUUUUACAGACACAAUACGGAAAUCCAACAAAGAAUGAAGUUUCGCCAAAAGGGUCUUCUCGCACGACGCACAUACUACAAAAACUUGGAAGCUACGUCUCGUGGUCCUUUUGCUUUGCUUUGUGUUAAUAUCGUAAAAGGACAACUGGAAUCUUGUGUUCUGUCUCUUUGGUCACUCUCUGACUCCACAAUCACUAUCGAAUUGAGUAAAAAACAAAAGCAACCGAACCAACUAAGUAAGAAACAACACACUUACAUAUACAUAUACACAAACUUGUUAUAUUUAAGCUAGUGUACCAGCCAUUCUAGAGCUUGUGUUGUGAGUAUACAAGUACAAUAACCAACAUUCUUGUUAUUGUGUUUUGGAAUGGAGGGGUUAGGCUUAGGGGGCUUGAGUCACCUUUUUGUGACAAUGUUUCUGACGGGGUUUGGUGGUGUCAUAGCUCUUCCUGCAAUCACCGAUGUUACCAUGGCUGCACUCUGCCCUGGUCAAGACCACUGCUCCCUUGCCAUUUAUCUCUCUGGCAUUCAACAAGCUAUGGCUGGAGUGGGGUCAGUGGUGAUGACGCCAUUAAUAGGAAACUUGUCCGACCGAUAUGGCAGGAAAGCAUUGAUCACGCUUCCUCUCACACUCUCUGUCAUUCCUCACGUGAUAUUGGCAUAUAGCAGGGAGACGAAGUUCUUCUACGCGUACUAUGGAGUGAAAACUCUUGCUGCCAUGGCAGGAGAAGGGAGCUUCCAAUGCUUGGCUCUUGCAUAUGUGGCAGACAAGGUUCCAGAUGGGAAACGAACAUCCGCAUUCGGAAUACUAGCUGGUGUUGGAUCAGCAUCAUUCGUUGGUGGAACAUUAGUCGCACGUUUCCUAUCCACUUCUUUAACAUUUCAGGUUGCUUCAGCCUUGUCAAUGAUUGGAUUGGUGUACAUGAGAAUUUUCCUUAAGGAUAGUGUGCCUGCUGGUGCCAUCAAACAGCCAUUAUUGAAAGAGGGCGAGGAACCAUGUGCUGAAGAUGGUUCAUGUUCAUCCCAAAGGACAACAGGAACAUUCAAGAAACUGCCCUCAGUGGGGGAUAUAAUUUGUUUGCUUAAGAUUAGUCCCACAUUCUCGCAAGCAGCAAUUGUUUCAUUUUUCAAUAGUCUUGCAGAUGGUGGCUUGAUGGCUGUAUUGCUGUAUUAUUUAAAGGCACGUUUUCAAUUCAACAAGAACCAGUUUGCUGAUUUGAUGAUGAUUAUGGGAAUUGGAGCCACUCUGACACAACUAUUUUUCAUGCCCAUUUUAGUGCCUGUUAUAGGAGAGGAGAAGCUGCUCUCCACAGGGCUCUUAAUUAGCUGCAUAAAUAUCUUUAUCUACAGCAUAUCAUGGGAAGCAUGGGUUCCGUAUGCUCUAGCAGGUUGCUCUGCUUUUGCAGUUUUUGUGCGCCCAAGUUUAUGCAGCAUUGCAUCGAAGCAAGUCGGGCCUACUGAACAGGGAAUGGUUCAAGGAUGUCUUUCAGGAAUUAAUUCCAUCGCCAACAUCAUUGCUCCGUUAAUUUUCAGUCCACUCACAGCCUUGUUCCUGUCCGAAGAAGCACCGUUUUAUUUUCCUGGCUUCAGUCUAAUGUGCCUUGGGCUAGCCCUGAUGGUAGCAUUUGUUCAGAGUCUAAUGAUCCGCGCUGAUACUACUAUUGCGGGUGGCAAAAUUAGCAGCAACCGCUGCACGGAUACUUUGGUCUAAGGUGGAGACUAGUAAUUUUCUCAAACAAUAUACAUAAUCUCUUUAUGCUUCGUUUUGUCUCGGCAUAAUUGCUGUUCGUAGCGCAUAUCAGACGACAAAUUAGAAAGAUAGCAGAAGGAAUCGCACUGUAAGUUUAGAUUCUGGAGUCGACAUAUAUGCUUUGGCACUUAGAGAUGUAGAACACUAAAUAGCAAAAUACAGAAAAUAGAACGUGAAGUUGGUUCUGAAAUAUAAUCUGGUGAAUCAACUGCAGAAGCACAGAUUUCUUGCCAAUUAUGUAGAGGAAAUAUGGCAUAUAUUCAAGAACCAUAGGGUGUCAUCAGUUACUUAGCCAUUCAAACUUUCAAUAUUAAUCAUUGUAUAUAAACACCCUUCCUUAGCCCUAUGCUGUAACAUUUCUAGCUAGUAUAUUUCUCCCAAGUUUCCACUGCGUAGUCAUUAGUCAAGGACCUUGUAAUUUUCAUAUUUCAUGUAAUGGAUGGUUAAUUUUCAUAUUAUAUCAUUACGCAAAGAAAAGUCCCAUUCACUA